AUGUGCUCAUUUCUUACUUAUGACUUCAUCUUAACCUGUCGUACUGCUGUUCCUUCCAUGAAAUUGAUAAAACGUUUUUUUUCAAGAGUUCUUGCCCUGCUUGCAAGAGGAAAAGAGGCCGACAAAGGGGUUACCCUCGAGACGAAAAAAAAGCCAAAAAAGAUAGGUGUAUAUAAUGUUGAGAGUGAAGUAGAAAGAACGCAGACAUCUAGCAGAGCUAUGAAGAUAUUUUCUAUACGAAAAGAAACACAAAUCGCUGCAAAAAAGGAAGGUCGAAGUUCACGGAACCUACGCAAAAGGAGAUCAAAUAGAAGGUCAACUCGUGAUGCCGGAAAGUUGAAGUUGGAAAGAACCCAAGUUUCAGUCCGUGCUCUUUCUGAGACCUCGACGUCAACACAAAACAAAAAAACAUCAUCAAGAAGGAGCGAUACUUCGACUUCAGCUACACCCAGAAAGACAUCUUCGCGAAGGAGUGGGUAUGAUGAAAAUGAAGAAAAGUCAGGACGUAUAAAUCGCUUUCUUGACCUCAGCGGCAAAGUCACACGCAAGAUGAUAACCUUCGCAAGUAGCCCAAUAAGACGACCGACAAUGGAACGAUUCAUAACUAGAGUUGAAAAGAGGCGAAUGGCAGAAAAAGAACUGAAAGGAAUGCUCAAUCAAGGGGAUGUGUCUUUCCCUCGUCCUAAGAAAGUGGGAUCUGGAGAAAGAAGAAGGAACGGACCACAUGAGGUGUUUGUCGACGUGUCACAAGAUGAAACUCUUUCUGCGCUACCACUAACUACUGUUGCUGACGAGGCAAAUUUCAAUAAGGGAACGAAAAUGGGUCACCUUCUCGUCACUGGAAACAACGAUAAUGAUGGCCAAGUGAUCGUUUGCGGUAAACCGUUCUGGAUUGAGGAGCGGGAUUUGGUUGACAACUGUGACAGUGACACCGCAGAAGACCUUCCAUUAAACGCUGAGGUCGUGCUGGAAGUGGAUGAAGGAAAUCUCGAUCUAGCCACCGUACCAACAAUACCAGUAAUACUGGAUCCUUUUGCCGAUCUAAAUGAUCUGCAAAAAAGAGACAAACUGUUCUUCAACAAACCCUUAUUGUUUGGGAACUCUGUGCGAAGUAUGAUUAAUCUUAGUGACAUAACUUCAGUGAAGGCUCCAAGACGUCACGAGAGAAAGAACACUAAACGAAUUGUUUUCACAAAACCAAUAUCAAAAUAUAAUUAUACGAGAGAGAAAUGGUGGCGAUUCGUAGGAACACCCUUCAUCCCUACAAAUCAAGGAGAUUUUUUAUCAGCAGAAAAUAUUUCGAAAACAAAAAGUAGUAUGGAUUCAGUAAAAACUGAGACCACAACGCAAAGCUCUGAUAGAAGUUUGCGAAAAGCUCGUAGAAAAUCCAAGACAAAACCUUCACGAUACCAACAGCGGCAGCAGAGGAAGAGAGCGCGAAGCAGUGGAGAAGUGACCACUUGA